UCCAAACAUUGUUGGAAAGGAUCUUGGGGACAUGCUGUAGGCUCGCCCCUCUGUUUAUCUCAGAGGGCGGAAGUCCUCCCCCUCCCCCGAACGAAGAGACUUGUUGAAGGCUACAGGUUGAGAGUACUGAUCCGGGGGAGCCGCACAUUUCUUGAGUCUGUCCGGGUUCAUUUCUUCACAGCAGUCCUGGGGAGGCUGGGAGGAGCAGAGCACGCUUUGCGCUGAGGCUGGGGGCUCAGUCUUUCCGGGGCGGUCCCUAGCGGCUGUGCAUUCCAGAUUCAUCCGUGUGCGGCGCGCGGGGCUCUCAGAGCUCAGCACGCAUCCCUGCCGCUCCUGCGCGCUCCCGGACUCGGAGCCGGAGCCCGUUCCCAACGCUAGCAGGGCUGAGGUUCCAGAGCUGGGGUAGCUUGAAGCUGCUCGGGACCCGGAAAAGCACCGGUUGCUGCUAUAAAGUCUAAACGCGGAUCGGGAUCGGAUCGAGGCACGGCAUGAAUUGAGCAUCGUGCACACCUGUGAGCCCAGCACUUGGGAGGUGGAGGCAAGAGGAUCAGAAGUUCAUGGUCAUCUUUGGCUACAUAGGCCAACAUGGAUGCGAUCAGUCAGUCACCUGUGGAUGUCCUGCUUCCCAAGCACAUCCUGGAUAUCUGGGCCAUUGUCCUCAUCAUCCUGGCUACCGUUGUCAUCAUGACCUCCUUGUUUCUGUGCCCCGCCACUGCAGUCAUCAUCUAUCGAAUGCGGACUCAUCCCGUUCUCAAUGGGGCUGUCUGAGACCCUUGAGAGUGGAUGGCACCUGAUAAGGACACAAGUCUCCCCCAGAUUGUUCUCAGAAAGACUCAGGAGUUGGACUUGCAUUUUAGUUUUGAUUCUGCAGCUGGCCAACAGUGUGGAUUUGAUCAAGAGACCUAACCCUGUGGGUACUAGGCUCCUUAGCUUUCAACUAGUGGUCAUGAUCCCUCCAUCCUACUUCACAGGGUUAAGAACUGUGUGACUUAGUGGAGGUGACAGGUGUUUGUGAGCAGUGAAGCCACGCAGAUGUUGUGCCGUGCAAUAAGAAGCUUUGAAGAACCAAAGACCCUUGGAGCUGCUGACGGUGAAGGAGGUGAGGGAGACUGGGAAAGAGCAGCUUUGGCCAGUCCGUGCCUCUCACGCCGAACGAUGCAAAGUGUAUCCCAUCCUCAGCAAACCAAACUUUUUUCGUUUUGUGACACUUCUUCCGUUUUUCUCAGUUGGGGAGAGGGAGCUAGUAUGGCAGGGGAAAGAGAUGAGCACAAGUUUCAAAAACCUCUCUGCCAAUUUCUGCCCUGUGUAACCCGAAGGAGAGCUUUGCCAUAAUUUAACAAUGCCAAAAGAGGUGAGUGAUGACCUGCUUUCUGCAUGGAGCCUCACGUCUGUUAGCUUUGACACUCAAGCAGUGUUGGAAGUGCAGGGUGGCUGAGUUUUCUGCCCAGCAUUCCAGCCCCUUUAUGUAUCACACAGUAGAGAAUUUUCCCCUCUCUGAACUUUGUUAUCAUUAGCUUCAUAUUUUUGUUAAUUUCUUGUGUCAAUGAAGAACAUAGGGCCAUGCCCUGCCACUGAGCUAUGUCCCCAACCCUUGUAGUUCCAGCAGCCAUCUAAAGUACUUAUUAUUUGACGAGAUUUCCCAGGACUCUUGAACCCGACUCAAAACAGCGAUGAUUAUUUUAGAUGCUAUGGUUUAUAUUUAUAUGGAGAUAUUUCUAGACCAUUAAAGCUUGCCCUUUGAUACCCAAGUCAGGGGCAUCUUGGGAUUUGUUAUGUAAGAAGAUAGCAUAGAUAUUAGGAUGUUAUUGUGUCAAAUGAUGCUUACUUUGAUUUUACUUCAUUGAUGUAUGCAUCCAAUUUCCAAUAAAGUGCCUCACUGAGCA